GGUCGACCACAACAAGAUGGUUUGCGCAUGCGCAGCUUGGGGGGGUUUUCUGAAUGGACACUUUCAGAAUUUAGCUUUGCGGUAGUUUAAACGACCCAAAACAGUAAUUUGGACUUUUACCUACAAGCUACUUUGGUCAAAAACGGUCGACAUGGACAGUAGCGUUGAUGGUGCUGAGCAUGAAGAAGCGGACAGAUCCUCACCUUUGUCUGGGACACGGUCUCCUGUGAUGGACCGUAACCCAUCACCACCUCCAGAGAAAGCUGUGGGAGAGGAUGAUGAUCUCGAUGCCAUUGGAGAAACUAUUUACAGCAAGCACUGGAUUUUCAGCACCCUGACUCGCCUUAUUAAUAUGGUUUCGGAGCAUUCACAGGAUAACUCUGAUGGUCAGAUGCAGCUCUCUGAUGAUGAUGAGGAAGAUCUCUGUAAAGUCUGGGAUAUGGCAAUGGAUAAGGAUGUAGCAGGCUUUCUGCAGGAGUUCAAAGCUGCUGAUAUUCUCCUCGGAGUCAUCACCAAAUCUCAAUGUCCACGUCUUACAGAAAUCUGUGUGGGAAUCCUUGGGAACAUUGCUUGUUUUCCUGAAACAUGUGUCACCCUCAGCCAAAACGAAGAUUUAGGAGCUGUGCUGUUGCUUCUUCUUGAAGAUGCUGAUCCCCCAACACUUUUGGAAACCAGCAGGUUGCUGCUCACCUGUUUGUCUCAGAAAGACGUCUGUUCUCUUUGGCUCCAGCGAAUCCGACAGCAGACAUCUUUGUGCUCCAACCUCUGUUUCAUCAUGUCCAGUUCUACCAAAACGGACCUGCUUGAGAAGGUGGGCGAGCUGGUGGACAAGCUGUUUGACCUUGAUGAAGAGUUGAUGAGGAGUUGGAUCACAUCCUCGUCGUGUGAGAACAAGGAGGAUGAUGAUGAAAACCAACUGGAUGUAACAUUUUGUCUCCUUGAAGCAGCUAAACAGCUGAGAUCUGAGAGUCCAAAUGGCGUAGAGAUUUACCUUCACAUCCUCCAGCUCCUCACCACUAUAGAGGAAGGCCUUCAGCUUUUUGCUGCUCCUGACGGACCUGGCGCAUCGGUGCGGGACUUUGUCUGUGACGUGUGUGAGGACCUCUGUCAGACAGAUGAUCUUCCAGUUGUCUUGCAUGAGCGGAAGAGUGUCUUGGUUCAGGCUUUUUCUGUGCUUCAGGCUCUUUACAGAUGUCAGGAUCAGUGGCGCAGCAGAAGUGACUCAAUUGUGCCCCUAAUUGGUAAUGUCCUCCGAGUGUGCCAGUACCACAGGGAGUGUAAGCAUGAAGCCACAAGUAAGGGCGGUGCUGAAGAUGGACAGCUGGAGACGCUUGCAGAGAUCACAGCAGAGUUUUUAGCUGAUCUUUGUCUUGAUAUUUCUAAGGAUACGGUUGCAGACUUGAUGAAUAAAGGUUACCUGACAGAGAAGACUUGUCUCGCUGCUGCUUCCUGUUUACAUCAUAAAUUUGAGACUGCAUUUCAGCACCUACAAGCCGAAUUGUCAGAGGCUGAUCCUAAUUUGGCAGAAGUGAUGAGGACACAGUUUCCUGUCUGAGCUGAUCCCAGUUCAGCUUUCAUUCAGCCUCCCUCGGCUGCUUUUUAUAGCUGCUAGCAUUUCCCCUCCGAAGAUCCUGCUUUGUGUCUGAAUAUUUGCUUUUCCACUGGAUGGACACCACCAGUAAUAGACUUCAUCCUCUCUUUUAAUAGUUCACUAUUAAUAACCAGACUAUUUUUGUACAGUGAUCAACAGAUUUUUUUUUAAAAUAAAAACAUGUUUUUGAAGCUCC